AUGUCCAUGUUGCCGACAAGAACACUGGUCUUUACCAAAAGUAUUCAUACAUCUGGAAUUUCCCAAAAAUCGGGAAAAUCCAAUCAUCCAUGUUUUAAAAAACGAUACGAGGAACCUGCGUACCUACCCCUUCAUCCGGCUCAAUUUUCAACUAUACGAUUUGAAAGAUACCAAUCUGUUCAAGAAAUUGUCAUUCUUGGCGAGAAUGGAACAUUCAAAAAACAAUCGAAUCGAGGUACUAACAAUCCAUGGCGCCGAUAUGGUGCUCUACGCAAACUUCAUGAAAUCGGCGGAUUUGCGCCAGCCAAUUAUAAUAAAAAAGAACGCAAAAAUCGAGACGGCCUCAUUUAUAUUGCGAAAGAAUCGAAACCACCUUCGCCGCCGACUAGUAACCAAAUGACAUUGAACAAAGUCAGAGAAAAAACGAAAAACGUGUGCUCAAAUCGACUAACCCUUCACGUGCCUAAGAAUGCUACCGUAGAAUUAUGUGCUCAAAAAUUGGCAGAGCAAGUCAAAAAUUAUGUUGAAGCAAACGAAAAUCUUCUUCAUACAACAUCGGACGACGAAAAAUAA